AUGAGCAUCGAGAUCCCGCCGGGUCUGACGGAGCUGCUGCAGGGCUACACGGUGGAGGUGCUGCGGCACCGGCCGCCGGACCUGCUGGCCUUCGCCGCCGAGUACUUCGGCCGCCUGAGGGAAACCCGCGACCAGGAGCAGAGGGAGCUUCAGGCUGGCGUGGGGGCCAGGGGCAAAGGGGUCAACUUCGGCGCCGAGCCCAUGCAGACAGAGUCCAACGGCGAGGAAGAGCGCAGGGACGAAGACUCCGACUCCGACUUCGAGCCUCCUGUUAUCAACAGAUUCAACAGAAGAGUAUCAGUCUGUGCAGAAGCAUUCAACCCAGAUGAAGAAGAGGAAGACACAGAACCAAGGGUAGUAAAUCCCAAAACAGAUGAGCAGAGAUGCAGAUUGCAAGAAGCAUGCAAAGAUAUCCUCCUCUUCAAAAAUCUAGAUCAGGAGCAACUAUCGCAGGUUCUUGAUGCCAUGUUUGAAAUGAAAGUUCAACCUCAGGAUCAUGUAAUCGACCAAGGAGAUGAUGGAGACAACUUUUAUGUAAUUGAACGGGGAUUGUAUGAUAUUUUUGUAACACGAGAUGGCCAAACUCGCUGUGUUGGCCGCUACGAUAAUCAUGGCAGUUUUGGGGAACUGGCGUUGAUGUACAACACUCCUAGAGCUGCGACAAUUGUUGCCACAACAGAUGGAUCCCUUUGGGGAUUGGAUCGAGUGACGUUCAGAAGAAUUAUUGUGAAAAACAAUGCACGGAAAAGGAAGACGUAUGAACUAUUCAUUGAGUCAGUGCCCAUCCUUAAGUCACUGGAGCCUUCAGAGCGAAUGAAAAUUGUUGAUGUAAUAGGGGAGAAAACGUUUAAAGAUGGGGAACGUAUCAUUGCUCAGGGUGAUAAGGCAGACAGCUUUUACAUUGUAGAAUCUGGUGAAGUAAAGAUCUUGAUUAAAAGCAAGACCGUCACAGGCAAGGACGCAAACCAAGAGGUGGAGAUUGCUCGAUGUGAAAAAGGACAGUAUUUUGGAGAACUUGCACUUGUUACCAACAAACCCAGAGCAGCCUCUGCCUAUGCAGUUGGGGAGGUCAAAUGUUUAGUUAUGGAUGUGCAAGCAUUCGAAAGGUUACUUGGGCCCUGCAUGGACAUUAUGAAGAGGAAUAUAACCCAUUACGAAGAGCAGCUGGUAGCGUUGUUUGGUUCCAGCUUGGACCUGACCCAUCCAGGCAACUAGGCACAGAGUACCUUAGUGCCUUCUCAGUUCAAGACACAGAAAAGUCUCCUAUUAGCAACAGCGCAGCACCACACAAAUGAAAGAAGGACACUAUGGGACAGUGGCUAUUGGUGUCUUCUUGGGCAUUUUUUUAGAAACCUACAUAGGUCUCAGCACAGCCGGACAGGUCAAGGUUUGCUCCAGGCCUCUGCUUUGCUGCUGCUGAAAUUUCAUUAUUAGACCUAGCUUACUGCUGAGUCUCUUAAUCCUCCUUUCACUUUGCUUGAUUCAGAAUGGCAUGUCUCUCCAACAAUUCAAGUGCCUGAUACGAAAGAUGUGGAGCCCUCUUAUUUGUUCUUGUUUAAAAAAAAAAUCAUUGCGAGAGAAAACUUUGUAAUUGUGAUUUGGAAUAGCAGGUGGCUCUUCCUUCUUUCAGGGACAGCUACCUCCUUACAGUAUCUUCCUUUUGACGUUUCCUCCCCCCGACAGAGUAUCAAUCUGCUUUUAAUACAGAUGUUGGAUUUGAAAUAGUUGAUAAUGUCAAGGGCAUGGGAAGAUUUCGGAGCUAGCGAGUUCUGAGGUUUCCCUGCCACCUGCUGCAAAUAGCAGGUACUGCAGCUUCUAAAGCUUCUGGGUCCAAGGGUGGACCUACUCCAGCCGAUGAAUAAUGAAGCAAAAUACUGAAUUCUGAGCAGUAUCUAGCAGAAAACGGAAUUAGGGUUUUUUUUUUAUAUUUUUAGGCUACAGUGAAUUUGAAUAUUAGGUCAAGGGAUCCAGUGGCCAGAAGUGUUGCAACAAUAUUGUCCUCCAAAAGUUGACCUGUUUUCUUGAUUAAGACUUAAAUCUGUGGUCUGAUGGGAAACAGAAGUGCGUAACCCAAGUUCCUGUUUGUGGGGAUUCUUUACACACUUCAAUUUUGCAUGGCACUGCCCUGCGCAGAAUCAGUUUUAAUGCUCUUUUUUUUAAGGAGGGUUGGGGUUUUUUGUAACUUAUAUUUAUGUACUUAAGGGGCUCCCUUCUACUGUAAUAUUUUACAGCAUUCUUUAACAAAAUUAGGUAUAUACUUUCCAGUUGGCAAGUCUGUUUGCGAAAUCUUUUUUGGAAACUUACUUCAAACGAGAAUGAUUUCUUUUUUUAAAAAAAAAGGAAAGAAAGAAACCUAAAAUGAAAAAAUCUCACUCCCUGAACAAUUGAUGUUGUGGCUGGAGGGAUCUUUUGAGCUCAGAUUCAGUUAACUACAUUUCUCCAAAACACUUGCUAAGUCAGCAGCAUUUUUUUUUAAAAAAGUAUCUUCUUUCUAUCUUACUGCUUACUUAAAAUAAUUAGCAACAUCCAGUGAUGCUCACCACCUGUGCGAUGAAAAUCUGUUUGCACACUAGAAUUUGGGAUUUUCUCUUCUCCCUCUUUUUAUCACUUGUGCACUCUCCGCAAAAAUCUGCUCUGGCAAUUUCCCCAACCCUCCGGAGCAGAUUUUGGGAGAGAGGAAGGAAAAGCCCUGUUUCUUGUGGGGCCUCCUGCUCUCACUAUAUUUGAUCUUGGCCAAAAAUCUGGAUUAAAUGUUAUCCAAGUAUUAUAUCUACAACCGUUAGAUUUUAAAACAAUUCUCUUUAUUGCAUUAGAAAGAACAUUCUUAAGGAAAAAGUUUUGGAACCUGUCAGUAGUCAUUUUGCUUUGACUAUUUCAUUAUCAGUGUUUCUCAGUGUGUUAUAAACAUGACUAUUUUGGAGAGAGAUUUUCACUAAUUAUGGAUUUGCAAUGAUAGAUUAAAACCUUUUACUCAUUGUGGCCCAGCCAUUUAAACCUGAAAUAAUUCCACCAUUCAUAAUUCCUUCUUGGCAAUGCCACAGAUCUAAACCACCAAUUAGCUCAUAGUAGCCAUUUCCCAAUUUGUCUCAUUUUUAUGUUUUUACACUAGCAAUUUAAGACAUAAUUUUUAAUACGUUGUUGAAUCAGGGAAUGAUACUGUACUAGCUUGAAGGCAAAAGGACUUUUUUAAUGUAAUGAAAGCCAAUGGAAAAGACGUCCAAGCUCUGGUGAUUGUAUCCUGCGCUUCUUCCCCCAACACCUCCAUUUCAGCUGUGCGUUCUCUGCUUGUAGGAGACAGGUAUGCUACAAAAGCCCAGAAGAAAAAUAUGCUUCAUUCAUCUUAAGAUUUUACACCAAAGAUAUUGUUUUUCAUUGUAGGAUUUUCAGUGUGUAAACUUCUUUUAGGUUGUGGAUCUAAUUAAGGGGAUUGGUUGAAAAAGGUCACCGUGGAGCCUUUGUAAGCUGAGUUGAGCAGGUAUGCAUUCAAGCCAUUCUCAAGUUUUCCUUAAGAUUUUGUCAAAUUUCAGGUGAGCCAAAUUCCUUCUAGACCCACAGUUCCAGCCAGUAGAGGCCUUCCCUUCUUAUGCUGAGCACUUAUUCACUGGAACCCUGCAGGCGUUUGUCUUUGUCCUAUAUAACAUUGCUUUAUAGUUCUUAACACGUUACUCAAAAUGGCACCUUCUCAACCUGGCCAAGCUGAAGUUCUGGGGUUCUGUUUGUUAGAGUUUUGUAGAGGAUUCUGCUGCAUUAGAAAGAAAAGACAGGGAAGGGAAAUGGCUUUACAGGAAGUAGAGUGGGUGAGGGCCAGACUAAUUAUACUGAUCUAUAGACUACCUGCUGAAAAUUAUUUUCUAUACUUUACUGAAAGCAGGCAAGUUGAAGGGCUCAAAUGCACAAUCCCAAAAUUGGACGUUCCUUUUUGUGCAAAACUGAUUUAUCUCUGUGUGUUUAUGGAUGGUGGACUGGUCAUAUGACUCACUAUCAAGAGCCACAGUUUUCUGGUGUUCCUGUGAUAAGUUGUGUGGGAAUUCCAGCUGAACAUUCAAGGAGGACAGUCUUCUUUCUUUGGCUGGAUUUAAACGCAAGUCCAGUUUGUAGCCGUGUGGAUUGCUCCUCGCACUGAAGACAUCAACAUUACUUUUAAAAUGAGCCAUUUUUUAUAUGUCUGAGUGGUAAUGAUUUGGCUAUUUGUAAAAUGAUGUAUUGUGAAAUGCUUAGAGUGAAAGAUACUUGGACGAAUCAUGUUGACAUCUACUAUUUCCCCUUCAUGCCUCCAUCCCCAGUCUCCCUGGAGUCUAGCAAUAUUGACCGAGAGUGGUUCAGCUCCCAUUUUUUGAUCACUGCUUUACCAUAGCUGCAUUAACUCCUUAUGACAUUUGAACGUAUUUUAAGAAUUUUGUUUCUGCUUCUGGUAUUGCUCUUUAUCAAGGGGGGAAAGAAAUCUGCAAAUAGUUUGCGUAUGAUCACUGGUGAUGUCUAGCUUUAAUAAGAGAACUCAGCAGCAAAGUGACUAAUGAGAGUGAUAUCUCUUCAUAUGGUCCUUUUUUAAAACAACAACACAGCUUUCUGCUUGUCAUUUUUGAGGCUGGUAGGAAGAGCUUACAGUGUCCCUGUGUUAUACUUCUGUUAAUGUCACAGCACAAAUUUCACUAAAUGUAUGUAAGAAAUGAAAUGUUGAUAUGUGAAGUGCAGGUUUGCAGAGGAGAAAAGGUAACCCCCUUUAAAUGCCAUUUUCUUUUCAGUUGUUAUUGACAUGUAUUUGUAUACUAGUCUUGCCAAAAAUACAACUUUUCUGGGUCUGGCCCCCCCGUUAUAUUUUGUUGUGAGUACUGCUGGUGAAGUCAGUGUGUUCCAGUUGCUCAACCACAUGAUUCAUUUGAAGAGGCCUUCUCUCUGUGUGGUUUCUCCCUGUACAGGCUGUAGGGCUAUGUUGCGCCUUGAUCACCCAGGAAGCAGAAAGCAGUCCCUAAUCUCUUAGGCACGUGGCACAAAUUUUCUGAGCCUAUCUAAAUCUUAAACCAUGUGCUAUGAAUGCUUUUCUCCGGUCACAAAGGUAAUUUCAAUUUUGCUUAAAAAUGCUACCUCAAGGCUCCAAGUGCUGUAAAUGUGUCUUGCCUGUGAGAAUUCCACAAACUGGGUAUGAUAAGUUCUGUUGCAUUAAGUAUGUGGGAUGUUCUCUUGGGUUUUUUUAAUCUGUUGGGGAGGGGCCUGUUUUAACUCAUUUUUACAGCUAAUAUUUGAUUAUUUUUUUGUCCUUGUUUUGUUUUCAAAAAGUGUGGGCAGAUUUGCAGAGGGAUCAGUUCUUGCACUAUAGUAUUGCCCAAGGUGGGGGAGAGUACACCCGCCAUAUGAGAUGCUGGUGGCAAUCUGAUCUGGGGUUUGACUACACUUCCGACUAAUAAAACCUGACAUGCCAUGUCCAGCCUUCCUGAUUA